ACUUUCGAAGAGAUCCUCGUUACAGUGUCUUAUCUGCUGGAACCGAACGCGGACGCCAAGUUCUUCUGCACCUACCAGGAUCGCAGUUCCGACUGGUCGAUUGAGCACCUCCUCGCAAAGUGGGAUUUGGAGUGCGUCGUGCACAAUAUCUCCAACUUGGGCUCCAGCGUCGGCUUGAACAUCCAAGAUCUUGUAGGCGACCACAGCAUCCACCUGCUGGAAAUCUCUAGGAAGUAGAUCGAGUGAUGGCGACGAAUAGCAUUAGGAACUUGUACAAGUUGUAUGUCGCUAACAUUCCUUGGACGAUUAGCAACCUCGAAUUGAAGCAGUAUUUCAGCAAGUUCGGACACGUGUACCAGUCGAAGGUUGUGUUUGACAAGAAAACAGGGUUGUCGAAGAACUACGGUUUCGUCUCGUUCAGCAACAGGGAAGGGUUCGAAAAUGCAACCAAUGCGCCUUCGCACCAACUAGAAGGGAACUCGUUGAAGGUGGAACCGACCAAUACCGCUCACACCAGCAACGAAUAGUGCAAGCUCAGAACCAUGGCUAGUUUCGUAGAUAAUUUUAGUGAUCUUCGAGAACUAGGCAUUAACGUCAGUGACAGUAACGAUCCUUUAUCGAUUAGUUUCUCGAAGGCAGCUGAUCAUCUGCAGAAGAUAUUACCGAACGUGGAUAACCAGACGCUCCUCACCUUGUACGGAUACUACAAGCAAGGCACAGAGGGGCCUUGCAACACCCCCAAGCCCUCCUGGUACGA